UUGAAGCAGCGGCAGUGUUAUAUGUGGAUCCUUGGCAGGAGGACAGCAGCAGAAAGCAGGAGAUACAUCCCAUAGCAAACUGCCUGAACAACAUGGUGGUUUUAAGAAUCGUCCCUUGCCUGUGUCUGCUGGUGGGCUUCUCGCUCCAGGUGGACGAGAAAAGUGGGAAAGAAGCAGGAAAAGCCGGGAAUUUCAUGGAAGAUGAGCAAUGGCUGUCAACCAUCUCCCAGUACGGGCGAAAGAUCAAACACUGGAACCGCUUCAGAGACGAAGUCGAGGAUGAUUACAUCAAAAACAUGGAGGAGAACACGGGCUCUGAUGAAACCGUUGAUACCACCAAGGACCCAUGCCAGAAUGUGAAGUGCAGCCGCCAUAAGGUGUGCGUUGCCCAGGGUUACCAGAGGGCCAUGUGUGUGAAUCGCAAGAAAAUGGAGCAGAGAGUCAAACAGUCGGGCCAGCAGGAGGCUUCUGAAAGCAGCUGCAAGCCUUGUCCAGUUACUGCCUCCUCACCUGUAUGUGGCUCGGAUGGACACAACUACGCCUCUGAGUGUAAGUUGGAGCAGCAGGCCUGCCUCGCCGGCAAAGAGCUGAGCAUCAUGUGCUCUGGGUUCUGCCCCUGUGCCACUGCCUCCGUCACCCUCACCAAUAUCGACGCAAAACGUGCGAGCUGCACCGGCCAGGACCUGGCAGACCUGGGCGACCGCCUGAGAGACUGGUUCCAACUCCUGCAUGGAAACGCAAAGCAGAAUAACUCUGGCAAGCUCAGAGCUGGCACUGCUUCAGUGCUGGAUAAGAGCCUUGUGGCCAGUUGCAAGGACUCCAUUGGCUGGAUGUUCUCCAGGCUGGACACCAACAGCGACUUGUAUCUGGACCAGGCUGAGCUGGCCGCUAUUAACCUGGACAAAUACGAGGUCUGCAUCCGACCCUUCUUCAACUCCUGCGACAGCUACAAGGAUGGGAAGGUCUCUACGGCGGAGUGGUGCCUCUGCUUCUGGAGAGAAAAGCCGCCAUGCCUCGCAGAGCUGGAGAGGAUCCAAGUGCAGGAGGCGGCGAAGAAGAAGCCUGGGAUGUACAUUCCCAGCUGCGACGAGGACGGCUACUACAGGAAAGUGCAGUGUGACCAGAGCCGAGGGGAGUGCUGGUGUGUGGACCAGCAUGGUGGAGAGAUGAUGGGCACCAGAAUCCAUGGCAACCCAGACUGUGAUGAAGUGGCAGGAUAUUCUGGAGAUGUUGGAAGUGGAGUGGGAUGGGAGGAUGAAGAGGAGAAGGAGGUAGAUGACACCGGAGAGGAGGCGGAAGAGGAGGAAGAGGAGGAGGGCGAGGCUGACGACGGAGGAUACAUCUGGUAGAACUGUGUGACCCCACGCAGAGAGCCGAGUCACCGCCGCUGGCCUGAAACUCUGCAGGGACGGCUCUCUCCUCGCAGAUAAAGAUUUUGGGAUUGGACGAGGGGAGGCAUGGAGUUGUGUUUCAUCCCGGUGGGAUAUGUGGUGCUCGGCAGGUCCAGGGAUGAGACGAUGACCAGUUGUUGUCUUAGAUAUGUGUAAUUGCUUCAUUCUCUUGUCUCUGUUUUUUUGAGCAACAGAGCAUUUUGUGUUGCCGUCCUUCAAAGCAGGACCCACUGACUCCUGCACCAUAGGUAGCUAAAGCCCAUCAGAAAUCCUCUCUGUCCGACCGCCAUCUAUGCAUAGAGAUUACCAGUCAUUUUGUAAUGUGUGAACAAUUGCUUGGUUAUUAGAGCUGCCGUCCCACUAGAACAACUAGAGAUCAGACUUUAAAGGAUAAGACUGACAUUUUGGGGGAAUGCUUGUUUGCUUUCUUGUCGAGAGUUUUAGGAAAAGCUUCUUGCCUCGCUAGCCUUCUGUAUUUGAAGUUAAAGCAAUGAGAUGCCAAGAUUAGCUUAGCAUAAAGACUGGGAAUAGAGGGAAACGGUUACCUCAUUUUAACAAACAAAACAGACCAGCCAGAACUUCUAAAGCCCACUAAUCUUAUAUCUCAGUGGUUUAUUUCAUACAAUAACUACAUUGUGAAUAUACAAAUGUAUAUUGUUUUUACAGUUUAUGUACAGAUGAAACAAACCAGAUGAAUCAAAGUUAAUAAUGGAGAUUAAGAUUAAGCAAGCACAUUUGAUUACCUUAAAACAGAGCCAGGUUAUCGCUUUCUCCUCGGUUCAGUCUUUUGUGGAUCAAACGUCACUGUUGUGUUCAUUUGUUUCGGCUGCCCUUAAGAGGCCAAUCAUUAUUGCAGCUGGUGUUUCCUGGUUGUGGAUGAGUGUCCAGACAGAGUUGUAUUGAUCUUUUCAUCUCUCUCUAAAUAGAUCGUAUAAAAGCGUAUUUCCCAAAAUGUCAAACUAUUCCGUAAAAGCCGUUUAAUGCAAUGUGAUGUAUGUCAAGGCUGAUUCUGUAUAUUAGUCCAUUGGAAAUGAUCUGUGAAGCGAGCUUAGAGGGUUUACGGUUACUAUGGUUUCCAUUUAUGAUAAAGAUGCUCCAUAGCUCAUAGCAGUUUUUAAAACGUACAUGCUUUAGGAAUUAAGUGGAUACACUCACCUACACAGGACCUACAUUUCAAGUUGGUUUACUUUGAUUGAGAACCUGUAGAAUGUACUUAAAUGGCCCAAACUGCACCUACAAUAGAAACCACUAGUCGCUGAAGUCAUGUCAAAGAAUGUGCCACAACUAUGUUUAUUAUGAUUUUGCAACUUGACAAAACUGUAUUUUGUGUUUAUAUAUAUAUAUAUAUAAUUAUAUAAAAAAAUGUGUGCAUUACUUGAAGUUAUGUGUGUAUACUUGAAUUCACAUUGUACUUUUUUUCUAUGAGAAUAUUGUUGCCAUGUCUUCAUUCAUGCUAUUGAUAGACCAGACAUUUGGUUGUUUUUAGUAUUGCAUGUUAGUAAAUAAGAAUGUACUUCUAGGCUGAGCACUUUACUAAUAAAGGCACUGGAGCCAAAAUGUAUGUUGA